AUGACCAAAGCAGAAACCAGUAUCGCCGUCCCGCCGCCCGCAUCACUCCACGAGGUCUCCGCAGCAGACUAUGAUCCCAGCGUAGACCGCAAAGUAGAUGAAGCUCGCGAGCAGCAGCAGCAGCAACGCGACGCUGCUCCGCCAGCGACAGAGGUAGAGGUAGACGAGGAAGACGAUAUAGACGACAUGUUCUCGCUGGACACCGAGGCGGGCGAGAAGCCAAAAAAGAAGAAGACGAUCCGCGUCAAGAAGACGAAGAACGGAGUCGCUCUGCCUGACGCAACUGCUGCUGGCGGUCCCGCGCACGCCGGCCUCACAUCCAAUUGGGACGAUGACGAAGGGUACUAUCGCAUUGUCCUCGGUGAACGCAUAGGCCCGAAAGGUCGAUUCCACGUCUUCGCCAACCUCGGCAAGGGAAUGUUCAGUGAAGUCGUGCGCGCCAAAGACUUGGGUGAGGACGGCAAGGGGAGCGGGGACAGUACGCCGGACGUGGCAAUUAAAAUUGUCCGUAGCCAAGAGACGAUGUACAAGGCUGGGAUCAAGGAGAUCGCCCAUCUGCAAAAGCUGGCUCGUCUCGACGUGGACGACAAGCGUCAUGUUGUCCGUCUCGUCUCGCACUUCACUCAUCGCGGCCACCUCUGCAUGGUCUUCGAGAAUCUGGCCAUGAACCUCCGCGAGGUGGUAAAGCGAUUCGGCAAGGAUGUCGGGCUCAACUUGAAAGCCGUAAAGGCCUACGCGCAUCAAAUGCUCCUGGGGUUGGCCUUGUUCCGCAAGGCAGGGAUAGUCCACGCCGAUCUGAAGCCGGAUAAUGUGCUAGUCAACGAAGCGAAGACCACCCUCAAGAUCUGCGAUCUCGGCUCAGCAGUCGACGUAAAUGAGAUGGAUCUCACCCCGUACCUCGUCUCCCGCUUCUAUCGUGCGCCAGAGGUCAUCCUCGGCCUUCCCUGCGACGCCAGCAUCGAUACGUGGGCCGUGGGUUGCACGCUCUACGAACUCUAUACGGGGCGCAUCCUCUUUCCUGGCAGGAGCAACAACCAAAUGUUGCACCUGAUCCAAGAGACAAAGGGCAAAGUCCCGACCAAAUUGAUCAGGAAGGGGCAAUUCGCCCACCUGCACUUCGACGAGACCAACACCUUUCUCGCUCAUGCGGCACCCACCGCAGCGAACAGCGCUCGGGUCGUACUGCCCACGAGCCCCGUGAAUGGGCAGGACUUGAAGUCGAGACUGGCCAGCCCGCAGGUACUGAGGGGCUUGGAUGAACAGGAGGCGAGGAGGACGCAGGCUUUUGUGGAACUGCUGGGGAGGAUGCUGGAGGUUGAUCCGGCGAAGAGGAUCACGCCGCAAGAGGCACUGAGGCACGCGUUCUUGGCGGCUUGA